CGAGGCGGGAGUUGUGACUCGUGUGCUCUCUCGGCGCGGAAAAGAGUUCGUUAAAAGGAAUCCUUUAAACUCGCUUGAAGAGAAGAGUUCGUUAGAUUUCAGAUGUCGUUGAAAUCGGUCGAGUUUCAUUCGAGUUAUACUGAGAGAAAGUUUUGCUCGAGUCCUUUUCUUUUUAGUUCGUUAAUAGUUUCUGAUUUCGGUCGCUCUGCCCAUCUUCAGUGCUUUAGUCAUUGGCUGACAGAAUGUCUCCUGCCUUUUCGUCAAAAUAACUUUUCCCGCUCACGUUUGAAGUAUUUUUGCGGGUUUUCUUGAAUUAAAUCUGUGUGUGGUGUUUACUUUGUGGAAACCUGAACUUUUUGGGGGUUUUGUCAUUUUGAGUGACUUUAUUUGUGGCUCUUCACUGGCGAACAGUUUUAAACAGCUGUUUUCCGUCAGUUUGCGUCUUGAAUCAAUGGUUUGCCGAAGUUUACUGCUGGAAACCCUCUGCUGACAGACGGCGUUUUAAAACAUUACUUUCUGCCUGUUUUAGUGCCGUUUAACGGGUUCCUGUUGCAAAAAUGGAAAAAUACGACGAUUUGGGACUUGAGGCGAGUAAAUUCAUCGAGGACCUGAACAUGUAUGAAGCGUCGAAGGACGGCUUAUUUCGCGUCAAGAGAGAUGCGGGAAAUAACCCGGAUUUUGAAGAAACUAGGAAAGUUUUUGCCUCCAAAAUGACUAAAAUACAUAUGCAGAAGCAGCAAGAGGAGAUGGCAAGGAGCAGUUUGGCAGCAAGAAUUAAUGGAAGCCACGAGAAAGUGUCAGAUAACACAUUAUACACCAAAGACAGACCUCCCAUCAACAGUUUUAGGCUGGGGGGUGAAGCAGCAGCCAAACCACCCAUCAUGUCUGGACCAAUGACUGGCACUGCCAGUCUGAAUCCAUACAUAUCUCACGAAGGACAAAAACAUCACCCAGCUAGCCAAAAUGAUGGAUCCAACAGGGGAUAUGGAAACUGUUAUGACAGUAAGGAGAUUGGGAAUGCUUAUAACCCAAUACCAGUGCCAGCACGGGCAGCACCCUCUAGCAGCCCCCCUGGCACAUGGGCAUCAAGGAGUGGUUACCCUUCUCAAACACCACCACCCCCACUCUCUAACAGCUUUUCCUCCACUGGUUCACCUGGAGUCACUCCUCCAGUGUGCCAGGGCCUUCCUCAAACCUUUGCCCCAUCAGGGAAGUCUCUCUUACAGUCACCCACAGGAACCUACGUGGCUCCAGUGGAACCAUUUCGCCAACCUCAGCAGAUCAGUCCUUCCCAGUGGUCUGCCAGUGUACAGACAUGUCAGAACGGGGUACCUCAUAACAUUGGCACCUCACCUGGCCAGGUGACCCCACCUCCACUGUCCCAUGGAGGAAAGCAAAGUGAGUUGCCCCAACCCGAGAGCAUCGCUCCAACCAUAGGACAAAGCCAGGGCAGCUCAGCCAUGCUUGCUCCCACACCGGUGGCUCCUGUGGAGUCUGCCCAUGAUGAAUGCUCGAGCCCUUCUCGGGCACUCAAACUGCCAUGCCAGACCCUCCAUAUACAGACAGAUCAGGGGCCAUCUGUGGCUGAAAUAAAAUUAGAAGCUCUAACUGAACGCCUGGAGAAAGAGAUGGACGCCCAGCCAAAGGCUGAGUACUUCGGCAGUUGUGUGAAGUGCAGCAAGGCUGUUUAUGGAGCCAGUCAGGCGUGUCAGGCCAUGGGCAGCCUGUAUCAUGACAGUUGCUUCACUUGUAGCGCUUGCAGUCGAAGGCUCCGGGGGAAAGCCUUUUACUUUGUCUGUGGGAAAGUGUUUUGUGAAGAGGACUUCCUGUACUCUGGGUUCCAGCAGUCUGCUGACAAAUGCAAUGUGUGUGGACAUUUAAUCAUGGAUAUGAUCCUGCAAGCUCUAGGAAAGUCUUACCAUCCAGGCUGCUUCCGCUGUGCCAUCUGUAAUGAGAGUUUAGAUGGAGUGCCUUUCACUGUGGACACUGAGAAUAAGAUCUACUGUGUCAAAGAUUACCACAGAGUUCUUGCACCGAAAUGUGCAGCAUGUAAUCAGCCCAUUCUGCCCUCUGAGGGGUCAGAUGAAACCAUUCGGGUGGUCUCCAUGGACAAGGACUACCACGUAGAGUGCUAUCAUUGUGAGAAUGAUAUUUAG